AUGAUCUCAAGUCCUGCCGCCGCCCCGGCUGCUCCUGCUACUCCUGCUGCUCCUGCUUCGCCAGGGACAGAAUCGCCUGUCGCAGACGCUGGCGAGAUUCCCCCGGCCCCCAUUGCUGCUGAUCCUGCUAUCGAGAAUGAUGACUCGACUGAUACCGAUUCCGCGAGCCACUACACGGAGAUGGUGUUCUUCGACGACAAGUUGUUCUUGGCUCCCAUUGGCGAAAAUCCCCAGAAAGUUCUCGAUGUUGGCACCGGCACAGGCAUUUGGGCUAUUGAUUUCGCCGACGAGUUUCCCUCAUCCGACGUAAUUGGAGUAGACAUCUCCCCCAUCCAACCAAGCUGGGUUCCUCCAAACUGCAAAUUCCAGAUCGACGACAUCGAAGAGUCUUGGACUUGGCCUAUCGACUUUUUCAACUUCAUCCACAUUCGCCACCUUGAAGCUUCGGUUUCGGACUGGCCAAAGUUGUAUUCGCAAUGCUUUGAGCAUCUCGUACCUGGCGGGUAUCUUGAAGUGAACGAGAUGGACUAUGAGGACCAUUCCCAAGCUCUUGGGGACGCCAUAUCUGAGGAUCAUAUUUUCAGAAGAUGGGAGAAGACCUUCACCGAGGCAACCAACAAGCUUGGGAAAACUGCGAUCCAGACACGUAACCACGGUAUUGCCAACGCGAUGAGAGAUGCGGGGUUCGUCGAUGUUGUGGAAAAGAGCUGGCCGUUUCCAAUUGGAGGCUGGGCUUCGGAUCCCAAGCUCAAAGAGGUCGGCGCUGUCAAUCUCGAAUACAUUGACCAGUCGCUUGAGGGUUUCGGUCUCUUCCUGUUGAAAAACGUCAUGGGAUGGGAAGACGCAGAAAUCCUUGUUUUCAUUAGUGAAAUGCGCAAGGCUUUGAGAGAUCUCAAGCUCCAGCCAUACUACAGACUGUAUGUUGUGUAUGGACGCAAGCCUACAGAGGAGGAAGUUUCUGGGGAGCAAUCCACUACUGUACCUCUAGCUUAA